AUGCGUGCCUCUUAUCAUAUUGCAGAACAGUGCAAGAAGUUUAUAGGAGAAAAUGCUAAGCCCAAUUAUGGCUGUCAAGUUACGAUUCAAUCUGAACAAGAAAAGCUGUUAAUGAAGCAAUAUCGUCGGGAAGAAAAGCGAAAUGCCAGAAAAGAAAAACAAACCGGAGAAGAUGGAGAAGUUUCUGGAGAAGGACAAAUGUGCUUUGAUCCUAAAGAGCUACGGAUGCAAAGAGAACUGGCACUUUUGAAUGCUCGAAGUAUGCCUGUCCUAGGCAGGCAGAGAGAGAUAGACUUCGAAAGAAUUCGUUAUCCGCAUGUUUAUGAUUCUCGAGCUGAAGCUAUGAAAACGUCAGCAUUCAUUGGGGGUGCAAAGGUGUUCUUACCAGAGGCAGUUCAGAGAGAAAACAAUAAAACGUAUGAAGAGGUGAAGAUCCCCCAUAGUGAACCGAUGCCCAUUGGUAUUGAAGAGAAAAUUGUUUAUAUUAAAGACUUAGAUGAGAUUGGACAACUUGCUUUUAAAGGCAUGAAACGACUAAACCGAAUCCAAUCUAUAGUUUUUGAGACUGCGUACAACACAAAUGAGAACAUGCUGAUCUGUGCCCCCACUGGAGCUGGGAAGACUAACAUUGCCAUGCUGACAGUCCUUCAUGAAAUUCGCCAGCAUGUCCAGCAUGGUGUUAUCAAAAAGGAUGAGUUUAAGAUUGUGUACGUUGCUCCUAUGAAGGCUUUGGCAGCUGAAAUGACAAAUUACUUCAGCAAGCGUCUGGAACCACUGGGCAUUACUGUGAAAGAGCUGACUGGUGAUAUGCAGCUGUCAAAAGGGGAAAUUCUGCGAACACAGAUGCUUGUGACUACUCCGGAGAAAUGGGAUGUAGUGACAAGAAAAAGUGUUGGUGACGUAGCCCUCUCGCAGCUGGUAAAACUCCUGAUUCUUGAUGAAGUUCAUCUAUUGCAUGAAGACAGAGGGCCAGUACUUGAAAGUAUAGUAGCUCGUACUUUACGUCAGGUUGAAUCAACACAAAGUAUGAUUAGGAUUUUGGGCCUUUCAGCUACAUUACCUAAUUAUCUUGAUGUUGCUACAUUUCUGCACGUCAAUCCCUACAUUGGACUAUUCUACUUCGAUGGCCGUUUCCGACCCGUACCGCUGGGGCAAACCUUUAUAGGGAUUAAGACAACCAAUAAGGUGCAGCAGCUGAAUCAUAUGGAUGAAGUAUGUUAUGAAAAUGUGCUGAAGCAAAUAAUGGCUGGACACCAGGUAUUUAUUUUUUGCUUUGGUUUGCAUUGA